CUGCGGAGUAGAGGAUGUGGAGGCACCCAUUGAACAGAACGUUUCUGUACAAUUGUCACAGGCAAGGAAUCCGAAAGCAGCUAUAUCUCCCAAGAAGAACCACCCCUGUGAGAGUUGUGGGCCAGUGCUGAAAGACAUUUUUAACUUGGUUGAGCAGCUAGGCACACAACAGAGCCCAACAAUGCUGAGGUGUGGGGCAUGUGCAAAGCGAUUUUAUUUCAGUGCCAAUUGUUACCAACACUGGGAUGUGCACAUGGGACAGAAACCCUUCAGAAGUAGUGUGGACAGGACCUUGUUUGUGAAGAGCUGCGGAACCCAUGUGUCAGGGAACCCCUUUACCUGUGGCGAGGUUGAGAUGGACUUCCUGGCCAGCUCUGAACGUCAGCAGCAACAGGACACCCAUAAUGUGAAGGAGCCAAACACAGGCACCCAGUGGGAAGCAACAUUACAAAGCAGAAAAAGUCUUUAUACUUUAGGGGAAGGCAAGAAAGCUUUUCACCCCCAACACAUACUUGUGAACCAGGCUGUCUGUAACAGAAGACAGUGUUUUGUGUGCAGUGAAUGUGGAAAAACAUUCAGGUAUAAAUCCUCAUUUGUCAUGCACUGCAGAGGCCACACUGGAAACAGUUUCCGUGUGUGUGGUGAAAAUGGAAAACCCGUUAGUGAAAUCUCAACCCUCCAUCAGCUACAAAAAAUUCAUACUGGAGCAAGACAGUACAAGUGCAGCAAAUGUGGAAAAUCCUUACGCCACAAAUCUGUCAUUCACUCACGGAAACGGCACAAUGGAGAAAGCAAUUACAUGUGCAGUGAAUGUGCACCAUCUUUUAGUCGUAGCUCAGUGUGUAAUCAGUCUCAGAGAGUUCACAAUGGAGAAAAGCCUUAUAAGUGUAACAACUGUGCAAAAUCUUUUACCUCUGUUGCCGCUCUCAGUUACCAUCAGAGAGUUCACACUGGUGAAAGGCCUUAUGGGUGUAGUGAAUGUGGGAAAUCUUUUAUCACUUAUAUUGCCCUUUGUUAUCAUCAGAAAGUUCACACUGGAGAAAAGCAUUAUGACUGCAGUGAGUGUGGGAAAUCCUUUAACAAUAGGUGGAAACUUGUUCGACACCAGAAAACUCACACAGGAGAAAAGCCUUAUGUGUGCAGUAUAUGUGGCAAAUCUUUUACUAAUAGCUUUACGCUUAAGUAUCAUGAGCAAGGCCACCUAGGAAAAAGGCCUUAUGAGUGCAGUGAAUGUCAGAAAUCUUUUACCACUAGCUCUGCCCUUCGAUACCAUCAUAGUGUUCACUCGGGAAAAAGACCUUACGAAUGCAGUGAAUGUGGGAAAUCUUUUAUCUCGCGAUCUACCUUCCAAUAUCAUCUGAAAACACAUUCAGGAGAAAAGCCUUAUAAGUGCAGUGAAUGUGGGAAAUCUUUUACCAGGAACUAUGGUCUUCAUUGUCAUCAGAGUGUUCAUACUGGAGAAAAGCCUUAUGAGUGCAGUGAAUGUGGAAAGUCUUUUACCAGGAUCAAUGGCCUUCAUUGUCAUCAGAGAAUUCACACUGGAGAAAAGCCUUAUGAGUGCAGUCAAUGUGGAAAGUCUUUUACCACAAGCAGUAGUCUUGCAAAACAUCGGAGAGUUCAUCCUGGAGGAAGGCCUUAUGAGUGCAGCGAAUGUGAGAAAUCUUUUGCCAGUAGUGAUACCUUCUGUUCUCAUCAGAGAGUUCAUAAAAGAGAAAAGCCUUUUAAGUGCAGUCAGUGUGGAAAAUCUUUUUCCUCUGGUUCUACCCUCCGUUAUCAUCAGAGAGUUCACACAGGAGAAAGGCCGUAUGAGUGCAGUGAAUGUGGGAAGUUUUUUAUUUAUAGUUCCAAACUUCGUUAUCAUCAGCGACUUCACACAGGAGAAAGGCCUUAUAAGUGCAGUGAAUGUGGGAAAUCUUUUAUCUAUAGUUCCAAACUGCGUUGUCAUCAGCGACUUCACACAGGAGAAAGGCCUUAUGAGUGCAGUGAAUGUGGGAAAUCUUUUAUCUAUAGUUCCCUAUUGCGUUAUCAUCAGCGAGUUCACACUGGUGAAAGGCCUUAUGAAUGCAAUGAAUGUGGGAAAACUUUUAUCUCUAGUUCCAAACUUCGUUAUCAUCAGAGAGUUCACACUAGAAAAAAGCCUUAAAUGUUUUGGGAAUGGGCAAUUUUCUGUUCAGUGUACCAACCCUGGAGGAAUCUGAGGAGCCG